AUGACGCGCACAUUUGCUGCGCCGACGGCGACACCCGGAUCGCCCAAGUCUCGCCACAGGUCGACGGACGAGUACCUCCUGACGGCAGUCACGGCGACGAGCUACAUCGGCACGCUGCUCGCCCUCAAUGCGCUCUCCUACCUGCCCCGAUUCGACACAUCCGGCUCCGUCUUUGGGCGCUGGGACUCCGUCCACUUCUUCUCAGUCGCGAGGAACGGGUACGAGUACGAGCAGCAAGUUGCAUUCCAGCCUGGCUGGCAUGCACUCCUUCACUCUGGCGCAAAUGCGGUCGGCUCCAUCCGUCAAUGGCUCGGCAUCGAUCCUCCCCUGAUCAGCAAGGCAGGCGGUGGGCGCGGACUCUGGGUCGAGGGCGUCACGAGCACACCGGACGACAUCGAGAUUGCCGCCAUCGCCAUCAACCUCAUUGCACGGAUUGCAGCGAGCCUGGCGCUGUAUCGACUCACAUGCCGGCUGUUCAACCGCAAGACGGCCGUCGCCGCCGGUCUGCUCUACGCGUACCCGCCCUCGCCCGCUGCGAUGCUGACGUACACGGAACCGGCGUUCGCGGCGGCGUACUUUGCCGGACUGCUCGCGUGCUCGAAGAGGAGAUGGCUGGGUGCGGCAUUGUGUUUCGCAGCUGCGACCUCCCUCCGUGCUACCGGCGUGUUCUCCGCCGCUGUGCUGGCGUGGGCGCUCGUCUUUGCGCCCCGCCGUCCGGCUUCGCCAGACGUCAAGCGUUCGAUUCCCUUCACGUCGUAUGUUUGCGCCGCGCUCCGCGACCCCGGUCGCACCCUCAUCCGCGCCGUUAUCGCCGUGACCCUCGCUGGGAUCGUGGCCGCCCCGUUCAUCGUCUUCAAUGGGUACAUCUGGAAGAUUGCCUGCCCCGGGCGCGAGUGGUGCAGCAAAAGCCUCCCACUGGCCUACACCGCCGUGCAGAAGAUAUACUGGGACAUUGGCCUGUUCCACUACUGGACGCCGGAGCAGAUCCCCAACCUCAUCAUCGCGCUUCCCGUUCUGAUCCCGACACUGGCGGGCAUUUGGGCGUACUUCUCGGGCAAGACACUCAGCUUGCACUCGGAGGCGGCGCACCGGGCCGACUCGCUCGCGUCCAUCCAGGCUUCCACGACGUACGCGAUCUCGUCGGCGCACAACGUCCGCGCCUCAGCGGAGGUGAAGGAGGUGAAGGGAGACGUGCAGGAUGAGACGACGGGAGACGAGGUCGCAAGAGGACCCCUCCUCGAUGCCGUGUACGCGCUCAGCCUCUUCCUCGCCCUGACACUCUUGUUCACGAGCCACACGCAGAUUGCCCUCCGUCUCGCGGUUACUGACCCGACGCUGUGGUGGACCCUGGCUGCUAAUGCGGGUAUGCGCAAGGCGUGGAUCUGGUGGUGCUUCCUCUGGGCUGCGGUGGGACUCGCGCUCUGGAGCGGGCACUAUCCUCCUGCGUAA